UCCACGGACUCGAAUCGUAGUCAUUGACCUCUCUGAGGCAAAAGCUCGAACACUUGGUGGGUAUUAAUACGCGCGGUUCUGGACAUGGAGGCGAAAAGCUUCGGCAACGGCGGCGCCGCCGCUCCUCACGUGGCGCUGCUUCCCAUGCCGGGCACCGGACAUCUUAUUCCUUUUGGGGAGCUUGCUAAGAUCCUCGUCUCCCGCCACGGCUUCUCCGUCACCAUCAUCACCUUAGCUGCCUCCGCCUCCAAGGCCCAGGACGCAGUCCUCUCCUCCCUCCCUCCGGCCAUCGCCUCCCUCGCCCUCCCAGCCGUCCCGCUCGAUGACCUCCCCGCCGACGCCCACCUUGUGACCAUCUUGGCCGUCGCCGCCUCCCGCUCCGCCCACUUCCUCCGCACCGAGUUGUCCCGCCUCCAGGCCUCCUCUAACCUCGUCGCCAUCGUCGGCGACAUCUUCACUACCGACGCCUUUGCUGUCGCCCGCGGCCUCGGCGUCCCGCCGUACUUGUUCUUCCCCUCCAAUCUCCUCUGUCUCUCGAUCUUCCUCCAUCUCCCCGAGCUCGACGCCUCCGUCGCCUGCGAGUACCGGGAUCUCCCGGAGCCGCUCCGCCUCCCUGGUUGCGUACCAGUCCCUGGACCGGAACUGGUCGAACCGAUUCAGGAUCGGUCCAACGAGGCCUACCGGUGGAUGCUCCACCACGGGCGCCAAUACCGGGACGCCGAGGGAAUCAUCGUGAACACGUUCGAGGCGUUGGAGCCGGACGCCGCCAAGGUCCUGAGGCAGAACGAGCCGGGCCGGCCGCCAGUCUAUCUUGUCGGGCCGCUGACGCGGACCCUGCCGGCGGUGGGCGAAAAGGACGCCGAGUGCUUGCGGUGGUUGGACCGGCAGCCGGCCGGGUCAGUGCUGUUCGUGUCCUUUGGCAGCGCCGGGACCCUGUCGACGGCGCAGAUGGCGGAGCUAGCUCUGGGUCUUGAGAUGAGCAGGGAGCGGUUCCUGUGGGUGGUCCGGAGCCCCAACGACGACGGCGACGUGUGCGAGGCCUACUUCACGGCCCAGAGCAAGGCGGAUCCCUUCCGCUUCCUGCCCGCCGGGUUCGUGGAGCGGACCAGCGAGGUGGGCAUGCUGGUCCCGUCGUGGGCCCCUCAGGUAGCGGUGCUGGGCCACUCCGCCACCGGCGGCUUCCUGAGCCACUGCGGUUGGAACUCGACGAUGGAGAGCGUCAUGGCUGGAGUAGCCAUACUGGCGUGGCCGCUCUUCGCGGAGCAGAGGCAAAACGCGGUGAUGCUGGCGGAAGGGGCGAGGAUCGCGCUGCGGCCGCAGGCGGCGGAAGGCGGACUGGUGUCGCGCGAAGAAGUGGCACGGGUUGUGAAAGAACUGAUGGAGGGGGAGGAAGGGAAGGCUGCGCGGCGGCGGGUGUUGGAGCUGAAGGAGGCGGCGUUGAGGAGUCUUGAGGAUGGCGGCGCAGCCUUCCAUGCGCUGGAUGAGGCGGCGGGAAGGUGGAAGACCACCAAUUAAAUCAAAUAAUUAAAAGAAAAAAAACCUUAUUAUAUUACAAUAUCAUUGAUCCCGUCCGGAAGCUGAGUCGGACGGAGG